AUGUCCACGGUAGCAAGCGCACUGUCUUUGGCCGGUAACCGGUCGUCCGGAGCUCCCGUUCGCACACAAAAUGUGAUGGCCGCAAGCUCAAUCGCAAACAUAGUGAAAUCAUCGCUCGGACCCGUCGGGCUGGACAAGAUGCUGGUGGACGACAUCGGCGAUGUGACGGUCACCAACGAUGGAGCAACGAUUUUGAAACUGCUUGAAGUUGAACAUCCAGCUGCCAAGGUGUUGUGCGAGCUGGCACAGUUGCAGGACGAAGAGGUGGGCGAUGGUACCACCUCGGUCGUCAUUAUUGCGGCUGAGCUGCUCAAAAAUGCGGACGAGCUGGUGAAACAGAAGAUCCAUCCAACUUCCAUCAUCGCCGGGUACCGUUUGGCGUGUAAGGAAGCUUGCAAAUACAUUUCCGAGCAUUUGACCGCACCGGUCGACGAUCUGGGACGUGAAACGUUGGUCAAUGUGGCGAAAACAUCGAUGAGCUCAAAGAUCAUCGGUGCCGAUGCGGACUUUUUCGCUUCAAUGGUGGUUGAUGCAGCACAAGCGGUGAAGAUUCUCGAUCCAAAGGGCAACCCGGCAUACCCGAUCAAGGCAGUCAAUGUGCUGAAGGCGCAUGGUAAAUCGGCUCGCGAAAGUAUUUUGGUUCAGGGUUACGCGCUAAACUGUACGAUCGCUUCGCAGCAGAUGCCUAAAAAGAUCGUGAAUGCGAAGAUUGCAUGCUUGGACUUUUCGCUGCAGAAAACAAAGAUGAAGCUGGGUGUACAGGUGCUAAUCACGGACCCGGAAAAGCUGGAAGGCAUCCGUGCCCGCGAGCUGGACAUCACGAAGGAGAAGAUCGAAAAGAUUUUGGCGACGGGCGUGAAUGUGGUGCUGUGCAGUGGUGGUAUUGACGAUCUCUGCUUGAAGUAUUUCGUCGAGGCCGGUGCAAUGGCUGUGAGGCGUGUGAAGAAAGCGGAUUUGAAGCGUAUCGCCAAAGCAACCGGUGCUGCCUAUCUUACGUCGCUCACGAACAUGGAGGGAGAGGAAAGCUUUGAGGCCAGUUAUGUGGGCGAAGCGGCAGAAAUCGUACAAGAGUUCAUCUGUGACGAUGAGCUGAUUCUGAUCCGUGGGCCGAAGGCUCGUACCGCUGCGUCGAUCAUUCUGCGCGGUCCCAACGAUUUCUACUGCGAUGAGAUGGAACGUUCCAUUCACGAUGCACUGUGCGUAGCGAAACGAGUCAUGGAGGGCAAAAAGGUCGUUGCAGGUGGUGGUUGCGUGGAAGCGGCCCUAUCGAUCUAUCUGGAAAACUUUGCCACCUCGCUGAGUUCCCGCGAGCAGCUGGCAAUCGCCGAGUUCGCCAAAUCGCUGCUGGUCAUACCGAAAACGCUGGCCGUAAAUGCGGCCAAGGAUGCGACGGAUUUGGUGGCGAAGCUGCGCGCGUAUCACAACUCCAGCCAGACCGUCGUCGAUCAUGCACAGCUGAAGUGGUAUGGGCUCGAUCUGAUCGAGGGUGUGGUGAAGGACAACAAGAAGGCAGGUGUGCUCGAACCGGCCAUGUCGAAAAUCAAAUCACUCAAAUUCGCGACGGAAGCGGCAAUCACGAUCCUCCGAAUUGACGAUAUGAUUACGCUGAAUCCGGAAGAAAAGGGAGGCAAGAACUACGGUGAUGCUUGUGCGGCUGGAGAGCUGGAUGGUUAG